AUGGCCGAUCCUGAUGCACCUGCCUGGAUGCUCGACGAUGACGUCGCAGACUCAUCUGCUGAUGUUGGUGGUGAUGAAGAAGUCGUCGAAGAGGAUACUACGCCGGCCAAACCAGUUGAAGCGCCUAAACCACCAGCUGAAUGGAGGAAAACUUAUAAACUCGCUAUCGAGGAAAAAGACAGGCGCAAGAUUUUCAGACACUGGGCCCGACCGACCAGGCUGCAGUACAACAUCUUGUACGACUACCAGCGUAAUUACUACGACGACUACAUAACGUACAUGAACAGGCGACAGAGGGGAUUGUACGACCCGGUCCCUGUGCCGCAGACGUGGGAGGAACGUGUGCUGAGGACAUGCACCAAAGACGGCCGCCGUCUGUCGUCGUCCGACUUCCCGCUGGUCAAGUCCAAGCUCAACGACUACAUGGUAAUACCGUCCAUUUGCCGGGCAGACCACGACAAGCAUUACUACUACAGACAGUACUACGACCAGCUCAUCGGUACACCUUGGGUUACGUUGUCAACAUUAGGACGUCAUCCUAAUAUGUUGGAUGUACCACGGCCAUCUAUUAAAGACCGAUUGCAUGCUCAAAAUAUCUAA